UGGAUAUGAACCCUAACAGUUCACUUGGACCUGUAAAAUACUUUCCUUUCAUUUCUGACGCUUCUUUUCAAGAGAAAGAAACAACAAGUCUUAUUUUUCACAGCCUGUCUGUUUGGAAAUGUGUUUUUAUUUUCUCCAGCUGCUUCAGAGGAGACCACAAUCUGUUGGGAAUAAGAAUGUGAAGCAUUUUGACGGAGCAUCAUCAUCAUGUCGUUGAUGUUUGGGAAAGUGAAGACGUGUAAUGCGGCCGCAGCUCCUGACAGAAGCCCAGCUGAGUGUAACCUGGUGCUGCUUGGUGUGAUGGGCUCCGGGAAAUCAGCACUGACUGUCAAGUUCCUCACAAAGCGCUUCAUCAGUGAAUAUGACCCCCAUCUUGAGGAUAUCUAUUCGUCAGAAGAGAGGGUGGACCAGCAGCCAGUCACAGUGAGAGUGAUGGACACCUGUGACCAGGACGGUCCGGUGAACAGUGAGCGUUACCUGUCGUGGGCCAGCGCCUUCCUCGUCGUCUACAGCAUCGACAACAUGGAGAGCUUCAAAGGCUGCCAGCUGUACCUGCAGACACUCGCCCUGCACAACAAAACCUUCAGGCCACAAACUCCCAUCAUCCUGCUGGGGAACAAGCUGGACAUGGACAGAUACAGGCAGGUGAGUCAGUGUGAGGGCGAGCAACUGGCGGCUCGUUAUGGCUGUUUGUUCUUCGAGGUGUCGGCCUGUCUGGACUUCCUCUCUGUGCAGCGCGUCUUCUACGAGGCGGUGAGGAGGGCGAGGCAAGGAGGGGAGCGCAGCCGCCUGGUACCGGCCAUCUACAUCAGAGAGGACAAAGCGCUGCUCCCCACCUUCGCCACCCCCUGCUACAAGGAGCUGCCGGCCCCGGCCACCGCCAAGCUGGUCACAGUGAAGACGUCCAGAGCGCAGAGCAAACGGAGGGCUGCCACACUCACUCUGCUCAAGGGCUUCAAGAUCUUCUGACACCACUCUGCCACCCCCCAACAUCUCCACUGACUCUGUGAAAGACUGCAGAGCUCUACAGGGGGUGGACACAAUAACAUGAACAGCUCUACAGUGAACAGAUGAAUGAAUCCUGAAGACAUGAGCAGAGAAACAGAUGAUUCUCUGACUGUAAGAACCCUUUAGGUUUAUGUUCUCAUCAUCUGUUUGAACUUUUGUUGCUGAGAACUCUGGUUUCAUUUUUUAAUUUGGCAGACAGCACUAAAAACUACAGAUACAGUCUGUGUUCAUGGGAACGUUUACUAAACGUCACAUCCUUUCAUGCCGAGGGGCAAAGAAAGUAUUCGCUGCCAUACUGAAGAGCUGCUGUGUGACUUUUUCAACCUGGACCGUAUUUUAAGUGACUAAUGGGGACAAGAUUUUUUUUAAACUAGUCCAGUAUUGAGUGAGUGCAUAUUGGCACCAUCGCUUUAUGUCAGUGUUAUUUUAGAUUUAGUCUUGUUUCAGUAACAUUUUAGUCAUUUUUAUCCUUUAUAGUUUAAGUCUAGUGUUUUUUAUAAACUUUUUUAAAACUUUAUAAUUCAUUUCCUGUAGAUUCUGCACAAUAAAAGACCUGUUAUUUUGUUAUGUAAAAACUUUUAUUGUGAUGCAGCAAAUAAGGAAAUGUUGAGUUUUCGAGCAGCAACUUCACACAAUUUCUAACACGGCGGAUAGUGAACAUGAAACAGUAACAGAAAGCAGAUAUUUAAAGUUAAAACAGGACACAGGAGAGAAACUAAACUCCAAACCACAGAGAUUCAGUUCGACGCUACAGAUGUACUGAGAGCUGAACACACAGAGACUUUUAUAAAUGCCUUUCUCUCUGGUCUCCUGCAGACAGAGGGGAGGAGAGUCCCACAACACACAAGCUUGUCUCAGGGGGAGAAAUGGGGUCACUGGGGGUUGGCUGCGGUCCUUCUUGAGGGUGGGUGGCCUGCCCUUUGGACCUACUCUGGAGAAGGUCUCAUCUUUGGUGCAGCUCAGCGCAUCACGGUGCAUCUAAACUGAUAAUGGGAACGCAAAGUAGCGCGGCAUGGCUUGACUCGGCGGGGCCAAAGGUGACAGUGGAAAAGGCCCAUAUUUGUACCCAUGACCCUUGGCCGCUGUUGCCAUGGAGAAGAAGUCAGCCACCCAUUCAAAAUACUUCAUUGUUGCAGUUUUGAACACAUCGCCAUAUAAGGUGGAGAUUAUAAAAUCUGUUAUCUCAGUGGCAUAAACUUCAGCUCCUGCCCACUGUUAGCAGUGCAUGUGACAGAAUUUUAAGCUCUGUGAUUGGAUGUUUCUUGGUGAAAUGCACCUUGGGAAUUGUAGUUGAUGAUCUUUAUUUCAGUUUUUAUGUCCAUGGGCCUUUUGUACCAAAGAACCAGAUAUUUUCUAACACUGUUGUUCACCUUUUGUAACGAUGAUUUAGAUAAAGUUCAAUGUGAUCCAAGCUUUAGAUGAGCUCCAGCUGUGAGUGAGAAAAAAUCCUUUAUUUAACCAGGUAAAAAUCUCACUGAGAGUUAAAAUCUGACCGGGCCGAGAGGGUGAAUGAACUGGACUUUCACUCAGAUAGCUCUCCCCACUUCCCAACUCAGUGUUGAGAAUCAUGUUAUGGCCUUCACAUCUCAACACAGCUCAACACCUGUGGGAGAUUUUGUAGCAACACGCUCUGUACCUCCAUCAUCAACACAACAAAUGAGAAAAUGUUGUUUUCACCCCCUCAGGAGAGUUGAAUAUACUGCUGAGGCUCCACACCUCUAAGACACUGUUAGUUUUUACUUUAAUUUGUCACCAAUCUGUAAAACAUAAUAAUGCUGCCGUCGUUGAGGUUUUCUUCUUUAACUUCUUCCCUCUGAGACAAAAAUUUGAACUGAACUUUCAAAAAUAAGCACAAAAAUGUUUGUUGGAACCAAACACUGAGACAGAGAACAACAAAACUCUACUUCUUAAGUAUAAGGUGUUUAUUCUUUGA